ACUUGGCCGCACACAAUCAUCCUUGUGCAGACCGAAUCCUUAUUUCGCUCAGCGUUUCGCUGGUUCCUGGUUCCUGGAGACGAAUAAAUUCUCUCAGAUCACUCCGCAAAUGUUGAAGAAAGUUCCGAAGAAGGUGCUUUCAUCGGGCGCGACGGGAAAAGCCGUGAAAUACUUUCUCAUCGGUGAAGUGUCGCUCUUCGUCGCUUCAUACGCGCUAUACUCUGGGUUGAAUUCAGACUUGAGAUUCCGACAUUGGAUGUCGAAAAACUGCAGUCCGAUUCUGGACGGUUACUACGCUCUCGGUGAGAAACUCGGCGGCCUCAAGACGAGAGAAGAGGACGCAGCCGCUUUCAAAGAACAUUUCGGUCGGUAUCCAUAGACCGAGAAGCCAAGAACGACACUCGUUCGUCUCUGCCGCAUCUGCCGAAGAGCGAAUCAUGGUCUCAGUAGCGGAAUCGAGUAGAUUUUUCGCCGUGUUUUCGGAGAAGGCUGCACUCUUCGACGAAUGCGUGGCUUCCAAAAAUGUGCAGGACUGUCGUUUAUUGAUCCAAGAGUGCCAGUCCCUGGUGAGCGCGCACUCCGCUGGUUUGCCAUCGAGGGAUCUUCAGGUUUACAAAGAGCGCAUAGAGGAUUUCAAGCGGAUUCUAGACAAGAUCAAGGAGCCGAAGAAGAAGUUCGGAUUCAGCAGAGCGACGAAAGAAGCGCACGACGCGAAAAUACGAUCCGACAAAGUUCCGGACCACGAGACUUUGACGGCUUCAAUCGAGCCGGCAGCGGAGGCAGCCAAGGCUGCGUUCUUUCUGGAGAAUCGCACCGAUGUGAAUCUCCAACUAAGCGAUGUCCACGGCGAGGUAGAGCUCCGAAACCUUAGAGGAUGCAAAGUCACUAUCAGGGGUAAUCCGGCGACACUUUACAUAAGCGAGGUUCAUGACUGUCUCGUGGUCUGUGAUCCGGUGGCGAGCUCCGUCUUGAUCGUGGGAUUCCGAGGGAGCGAGCUCCGGGUCGCUUGUCAACAACUUCGGAUCCACAAAGCCGGAGAUGCGAUCUUUCGCCUUCACAUUUCUUCAAGGUCUAUAAUCGAAGAUUGUCGGAACGUAAGUUUCGGAAAGCUGCCUGCGGAGUACAACGCUUCGGAGCAAGCGUGGGAAGCUGCUGGACUCUCCAAAACGAAGAACAACUACAGUUUGGUCGACGAUUUUAAUUGGCUGAACGUCCAGGAACCCUCGCCAAACUGGAAGCUCUUGGACUAAAUUCUCGUGGGUCAUGCUCACACAGUGUACAGAAUAAAAUAACUAUCUUCG